UGGUUGAAAGAGCAGCCAAUGAGAGAUCCUGUUACUAGUCUGCGUGCUGCAGAGUAGAGGGAGCACUUUAGGCCCUGAAGCCUUACGCGUUCCGCUGGUUUUGGCAGGAUGAGCUCAAUCGGCACCGGGUAUGACCUGUCAGCCUCUACAUUCUCUCCUGAUGGAAGAGUUUUUCAAGUUGAAUAUGCUAUGAAGGCUGUGGAAAAUAGUAGUACAGCUAUUGGAAUCAGAUGUAAAGAUGGCGUUGUCUUUGGGGUAGAAAAAUUAGUCCUUUCUAAACUUUAUGAAGAAGGUUCCAACAAACGACUUUUUAAUGUUGAUCGACAUGUUGGAAUGGCAGUAGCAGGUUUGUUGGCAGAUGCUCGUUCUUUAGCAGACAUUGCAAGAGAAGAAGCUUCCAACUUUAGAUCUAACUUUGGCUAUAACAUUCCACUAAAACAUCUGGCAGACAGAGUGGCCAUGUAUGUACAUGCAUAUACACUCUACAGUGCUGUUAGACCUUUUGGCUGCAGUUUCAUGUUAGGGUCUUACGGUGUGAAUGACGGCGCACAACUCUACAUGAUUGACCCAUCAGGUGUUUCAUAUGGUUAUUGGGGCUGUGCUAUUGGCAAAGCCAGGCAAGCUGCAAAAACAGAAAUAGAAAAGCUUCAGAUGAAAGAAAUGACUUGCCGUGAUGUUGUUAAAGAAGUUGCAAAAAUAAUUUACAUAGUACACGAUGAAGUUAAGGAUAAAGCUUUUGAACUAGAGCUCAGCUGGGUUGGUGAAAUAACUAAAGGAAGACAUGAAAUUGUUCCCAAAGACAUAAGGGAAGAAGCAGAGAAAUAUGCUAAGGAAUCUUUGAAGGAAGAAGAUGAAUCAGAUGAUGAUAACAUGUAACAGUAAAUUCAGCAGCUACAAUUUUAAAUUUCUACUACAGCCCCCAUGUAACUAUUUAGCUCUGUGGGUUAUUCCAUACCCACCAAACAAUUUUCAUUAAAUUUUUGUCUUGUAACAAUUGAAGUUUGGUUAAUAUCUGCUUGACAAAAAUGUGAAAAAUGUGUGUGUGGGGGGGGAACUGAGCACAUAUUUACUCAGCAUUAAAAUGUUGAUGCCCAUUUAAAAAGUGAUUCAUGCCUAUUUAAAAAUGUUAAAAUAUUGCAAACAGAGGUUUUGGAAUCAAAUUAAUUCAAAGCUCCAUUCCAUUACUCCGUUAGAAUCUAAAGGUUAUAUAUCCUGCUGGGAUGUUGUGUAAGACGUACCUACCAGUACCUACCAACUUAGGCAAUUAAUUGACACCAUUGCCCAGUUUUGUAUUUGAUGAAUGAUUUUGGUCAUCAGCCACUGCUAACCUUUAGGUGUAACAGACAUGAAAGAUGUUUCAGAUUGGAGAAUCAAGAAUUUUUUUUUCUUUUAUUGUGAUAAGUGGAUUUAAGGAUCCACAAAGUUGCUAUUGUCACUUAAAACAUUUCUCGAUCUGUAAAUUUCCAAUAAACACACCCAUAUUUUAUGCUAAAAAAUAAAUGAGAAUAUAUGUGAAA